GACGGGAGGAACAUAAGCACACAGAAGGGUGAAAAGGAAAUGACUUUCUGCUUUGUGAGCUGAGACAUCCUGCAGGCCCUAGGGCUUACGUCAGAACGUCGUCUUGUACUCUGGUACACUUCCUCCUCCUGACGCUCUUGGGUCGUGACUCUCAUCAGGCGAAAGGGCCAGUGACCUCUGUUAACCACCCUACAUAAGCUAUCCAAACAAGCAACAUGCCGUCCCUACCAGACCACGCCUUCACGAUCACGGGCGGCUGCAACUGCAGCGCCAUCCGCUACAAAAUAUCCAUACCAGCACUCGCGGACCGACCCCCGACGCACAUGAAAGUAUCCCUCUUCCUCUCGCCCGAGCAGGCGAAGAAGGACUGGCGCCUGCCGACCCUUGCCGUGUGUCACUGCGCCAGCUGCCGCCGCGGCUUCGGGAGCGUGGUGCCAGCGAUGGCGCAGUGCGCCGCGUAUAUGGUCUCCGUCUCGGCUCUUCCCGUCAAGUCGACCGAGAAGGCAGAGGACGUCGGGACGGGCGGGUUUUCAGCUCUGGCGCCGCGGGAAUCGGCAGGAGAGCUGGACGAGGAGCGGCAGGCGGAGUUUCGCCCGGCGACCGAAGUGUUCAAGCCCGGGACCGCGUCCGGGGACGAGGAGACGUGGGUCAGGUUCUACCACGCCUCCGGGUGCGUGCCGGAUGCGGCGCGGGUGUUUUGCGGGCGGUGCGGGGUGCACUUUGGCAAGGCUUACCGAAUCACGGAGGAUCUGUACGGGUUCAUGGACAAGCCGGCGGGCGGGUGGGACGAGGUGGUGAACAUCAGCAUCGCGACCAUGGAUGACGAAUGGCUGGGGCAGGAUUGGAUGGAGCCGGCGGUGCAGGCUUUUGGGGGAUUGUGGGGGGUUCCAUGGGUUGUGAGAACGGUAAAGAUGGGCGAGGACGAGGGCCAAGUAUGAGAAGCAUUCUAGCAAGUGUUUCUUCGUUGAUAAGUCGAACCUGAAUGCGUAAACCUGCCGACCAAGCGCGUACGGAAUCAUGGUGGCUUGUGUGUAUAUAUUGCUUCACCUGACUCUGAUGGAUAAAACAUCUCUACAUCGCAGGUUAGCACAUCUCAUCUAGGAUACGGAAUGUUUCGAACUGGCGCAGGAGAUAAGCGCAAACACAAGCGACGACGCAGUUGGGAUAUUGACCAACCGUCGACUGCCUCGGCGCCCAGAAUAUGGGACGACUUUGGCGUGUAAGCCCAGACUGGGCUGUGCACCUGUCAGAAAGGCAAUGCUGGGACGAGCACAGAUGAUGCAGCACGCUUUCUUGCAUUUUGUUGCAUUUCUCCGAAAGUCAAUUCGACGCCUUUCAGCGUCUCCGCAAAGGGCAUACACAAAUUAAGCAG